AUGACGAGAAAGAACUUCCAGCUCGUUCUCGCUGGCAUCGCCCAAGCGCGCCAGGAGGCCAAAGUUGCGGCAUUGAAUUUCGGGGUAGUCUUCGGCGAGAUGAAAAAGCGAGGGUUUUCCCAUCUUCUACAAGAGAUUGCCGUCGCAAAGCAGCAUACCAAGACUGCUGAACUGGCCAAGCGUCUGCAACUCAUUCAAAUGGAGGCACAAGAAGCUGGCAUCGAUCUGGAAAGUAUAUGCGCGAUGCCCGUGGUUAUGCCGCAGGUGGUUCCAGUUACGGGCGACAUCUCGCGAUGUUCGGACAGCAUUACGAUGGCAAUCCCGGUUCCGAAGGAGCAAUGA